GAGCUUUGGAAUCGUCACAGUCGUGUCAGUGGUUUUUAGUGUAGAUAAUAACGUGUGGUGAACUAUCCUAGAUAUAUACAGUAGUCGUCGGCGAAAAGUCGUUGGAUCAUGACGACGCACGAAUUUUUCGUUGAUAUGACAUGCGAGGGUUGUUCUGGUGCAGUCACCCGCGUCCUUAAAAAACUGGAUGUCAAAUUUGACAUUGAUCUGCCUAACAAGAAGGUAUUUAUAGAGUCUGACAAGGACACUGAUGUUCUUCUGGAAACAUUGAAGAAGACUGGGAAAACGGUCAACUACAUUGGUCCAAAAUAAUGUUUAGUGUAACUAAAAGGCUAUGGCUGCUGCUAGCUGGACAGAUGGAGGAGGCUGUUCUCUGGUUUCCACAACACUUUAGAAGAGAAACUAACUGUGCCAUGUCUUCGGGGACCACUGGAAGGAUUUGUUGUUUUGUUUCACUGUCCGAGUGUAAACGUCUCCUUUAAAUGAGAUAUGAACGUAAAUUGGUGUCAUAAUUAUUCACCCCCUAUAAUCAGUGUGUCGCCUAAACUUUUUCUUUUUCUUAGAAGAAUGCUUUUUGCAAAGAAGACAAGUUAAUCGAACACUUGUUAGACCUGUAUAGUCGUAAUUAUGUUUGCCUUUACCGAAUUUUGAAACAAAAAAAAAUUAAAGAUUCGUCAUCUGCA